UGGUAGAAGAGAAGACUAGACAUUCACAUAAACUUACCAAAAAUAGAAAGAUAUGGAUCACAGAUCUUCUGUCGAUUGGGUGUUGGUUUGUUAAAUAUUACUGGUAAAACCGGCAAUCUUGAAAGAUUCUCAGCGCGCGAUGUCAGAAAUGGAAGUUGAUGAUACAGGGCCAGUGGCAUCCCUCAGCGAAAAUAAGAAACGUUUCGAAAUAAAAAAGUGGUAUGCGGUUGCUUUAUGGGCUUGGGAUAUCGUCGUUGAUAAUUGUGCUAUCUGCCGAAAUCACAUAAUGGACUUAUGUAUUGAAUGUCAAGCUAACCACGCCUCUGCUACAAGUGAAGAGUGCACUGUUGCUUGGGGUGUUUGUAAUCAUGCCUUUCAUUUUCACUGUAUAUCUCGAUGGUUGAAAACACGACAAGUUUGCCCUCUAGACAAUCGUGAAUGGGAACUGCAGAAGUAUGGCCACUGAGUGAGCCUGGCGAUUACUUUUCGACUUAUCAGUUAUGGUUGUACCUGUUCAGAUAACAAAAUAAAAUAAUUACAACACGUUAUUCUUUUUUAUUACUUUUGUGACGUUUUCUAUGGUAAUUCAGUGUUUUAGACGCAUGGUGAGUUGGUGCUGUGGUCUUUGUGCAAAUUCAGGAAGUGACGAAGAUGAGGAAGCUGAACGUCAGAGAUUAAUUCCAAGCCCCCAGCUUUCAUACGAUGGGACACAGCAACCAUAUGGAAGAUCCUGUUACAAAUGAACCUCAGUCAGAUAUCAAUACCAUGAUGACAAAUAUAAUAAAAGUUGCUGAGAAUCAAGUGGUGGAUGCUGGAGCAACAGAUUACAAUCCCCUAGAUUCACAAGAACAUAUUGAACGGUCAAGAUACUACGCAGAAAGCAUAGCUCGACAGCCUUUAGGCCCGCCACCGUUGCCAGUGUUUUUGCCAAGAACAUUUGGAAAUCCUGCGUCAAUCAUAGAUGCACCGCUAGUGGAAAUCGCUGAAAUUAAUGAAAUAAGACAGCUUGCAAAGGAAAAUGCUGUAUUUGUUCACGAAAUGACGACACAAGAAAAGGAUGAUCUCAUUGCCCACUUCAAUCAAGCAUAGAGAUAAAGAAAACCUUACAAGCUUCUCUUCGAAAGUAUAUGCUCUUAAUAUCUACCAGACUAUUUUAUCUUUUAUAUAUUUCUAAUUUUUGUACAGAAAAUCUUAAGUUUAAUUGUAUACAACAAUUUAUCUGAUUAUUUUUCAAAAAUAUAACACAAUAGAAAUCAA